UCCACGGAUCUAAUCUUGAUUUUCACAUUAAUCCUAUAUUUGGAAAUAAUUUCGGUAUUUCUAUAUAUUGUAUAUUGGUAUGCUGCGAUUAUGGACAGUAAUAGCUACUUUUGUGAUGAUAUUUGCACUGAUACACUGUCGUUAAUCAUUAAAAAAAAGUAUUUCUCUUGGUGAGAAUUGACAAUUGGUUUUAACAAAAUUCAAUGAAGAAAAUAGAGGAAAUAAAAAUAUCCGUUCCAUGGGGAUAUCUAGCAGGCAAAGCAUGGGGGGAAUCAAAUGACCCUGUAGUUAUUUGCACACAUGGCUUCAUGGAUAAUGCCGGUUCACUUGAUACUUUGAUACCUCACUUACCAAACUCAUUUUACUACGUUUCUAUUGACUUACCAGGACACGGACGUUCGUCUCAUUUUCCUCCGCAUCUUCCCAUUCACACUCUGAACUACCUCUUGGUGUAUAAAUAUGUUUCAAAAUACUAUGGGAAGUAUAUCAUUUUAGCGCACAGCUACGGGGCCCAGAUAGGGUUAUUAUAUACUCAGCUCUAUCCUGAUUGCGUGCAGAAGUUAGUAAUGUUGGAUGCAGUAAUACUUUUCCCUGUGACCACAAAGCACUUCAAAGAUUAUCUUAGUAAAAACCUGGAAAAUUUUGUCAAAAACGAGGAGAAACUGUUAGUAAAACAAACACCAAGCUACACACUGAAAGAAGCAUUCCUAAGAGUACAGAAUGGAAGAAAUUAUAGUCAAAUAACAGAACAGGCUGCUCAAGCUUUGUUGACUAGAGCCGUAACAGAAGUGGAAAAUGGUCGAUACCGGUUCAACGUAGACCCAAGAAUCAGAUAUUCUUUGUUAACAAUUCAUGACCUGCGCUAUAUCUUAGAAACACUGAAGUCAAAUCCUGUACGUUGUCCAGUUCUUUUUAUUCUCGGAAAGGACUCGUCUGCGCAGCAAGUGUAUAUGGGUCCUAUUAUUCGAUUUUUGAAGACUCAGAAAAAUGUUAUAUUUCAAAUUGUGGAUGGAGAUCACGAUGUUCAUAUGAAUCAUCCUGAAAAAGUGGCGCCACACGUUGCUGAGUUUUUACUUCAGCGAAAAGGGAAAUUGUAGAAAAAUAUGUUGGGUGUUGGUACUUAGUCUGUGAUUGUGAUGUUGUUUCUGGUUAUAUUAUUGCAUAUCAAAAAUAAAAUUGGUAUUAGUAAAAAUUACUUGAAAUAGAAGAGGGUCCUCUU